CUUCAGGCUGAUGAUGAAAUGAACGCGCGCUCUCAUGGUUUCAAUGUUUUGAUCCAAUUCCGGGAGGUUAGUAAGGAGGCGAGAAGAGCAACGGCUUCACACGGCACCUUCACAAAUCAUCAGAAUCUUCAGAUGGAGGUGACUGGUGGCAGGCCCGAUCUACUUGCUGCAUUUGCUUUCUUGUUGUUGGUUUCAGUAAUGUCGUUGGUUUAUAUUGGAAGAAAAAUCACUGUGAAACAAGGUCAUCCAUCUGAAUGUGGAAGUGAAAAAAAGGAGGAAGUUGCACAGAGGAAGGCUGUGGAUAACAAAGCAGGGCCAUCAACAAAGAUACCGGAGCAGGACAGCAUGAAUUUCUACGUAGUCAUUAGUUUUAGGGGUGAAGACACUCGGAAAGGCUUUACGAGCCAUCUGCACAAGGAACUGAGAAGUCGCGGCAUAACUACCUUCAUUGACAGUGAACGCUUAGAAAAGGGACCGAGAAUCAACGAUCUGUUCAAGUGCAUCGAGGAGUCGAAGAUAUUUGUGCCCAUCUUCUCCAAAAACUAUGCGGAUUCCACAUGGUGUCUGAAGGAGAUAGCUAAAAUGGUGGACGUCAUACACCACUUUCAAUCGGAGGUCUACUGACAGCCAAAUAUGCUUUUGAAGACCUAACACCCAUGAAAAUCGAGCCCUCAACCUAUCCAAAACUAACAUGCAUAUGAAUCGAACUGUGAUAAACACUCAACCAUGAACUCAACCAUUUAUGUUAAAACCAUACUUUCUGAG